AUGAUACCAAACAUCAUAAGGUAUGACAACACGACAAAUCCUGACGAACACGUAGACACCUACGAGUGGACGAUGACAUCCCUUCGGAUGCACAAAACAUUUACCUACACCUACUUCCCGAUCACACUAUCAGGAAACGCUAGCAAAUGGUUUAAGGCGCUACAUCCGGGAAGUAUCUCCACCUUUGAACAACUGAGGUAUCUUUUCCUCCACAACUUCAUGCAGUUAAGGAAAGUCAAAGGAGAUGCCAACUCAAUCAUGGCAUGCAAGCAAAAAGAGGGAGAAUCCAUCCAAGCAUACUAUGACCGGUUUACCCUCGUAACACUGAGCGUCCCCAGUCACAAGGAAAUUCUAGUCACGGCCGCCUUCGCCCAGGAGCUACUCCCAGGGCCCCUAUCAAGGAAAAUACAAGGAACAGUGCCAAAAUCUAGGGACAAGCUCAAAUAUAGGGUCGAAAAAUACCUCAGGAAAAUCGAGGAAGAAGAACGCAAACAAGCUAAUCUAAAAGUUGUAGCGAACGCUUACCUCAAACAAGAAUCAGUUGGCUCCCACUAUCGUGAUAGCCACAAGGAGAGCAAUGAUGGAAGCCAUGAUAAACAUAGCAGACAUUCGAGACAAUCAUCUCGUAGAUUCCGCCCAUUCAUCAAAGACGAGCCCAGGAGCCAUAAGAUGGAAGUACACGAGGUAGAAAAACCCCUCAGUAGACAGAAAAAGAGAAAAGCAAAUAGCGCGAAUACCACAAGAGAAACAUGCACAAAACUGGAGAGUGCGUGA